AUGGUCGCCCUUCGAACCCCCCUGUGUCUUGCUGCCUUGCUCGCCCUCGCCGCCACGGGCCACUCGAAACGGCGCUUCGUCAUCCCCGGCGCGGGCCUCCCCAGCCCGGUCGACAUCGGCCUCACGUCCAAAGAGCUCUACAGCAUGGACAUGCCCGACCUGACCGAGGGGCUCAAGAAGUCGCGUCCGAGAUGCGGCCCGUCCAACCACUCGUACGCGGAUACCCGAGACAUCCUCGCGUGCUACCACUACCUCGACCGGCUCGGCAACCGCACCUGCAAGGCCACCGAGAACAUGGCGGUGGUCCCGUUUUGCUACGCGGGAAGCGCGCAAAUCAGUGGCCAGGCUCUCGAUUCCCGGGGCAGCUUCUCGUACUGCUCCGACGUGGCUAUGGCGGUGCUGUACACGGUCAACAACUGCACUCGCGAGGAUGAAACCGCCGCCGGAUUCGAGGCUGCCAACGGCAACGGCAACCUGAUUAUUGCGUCUACAAAUAAGAAGUGGAUGGGAAGUUGA